AUGGGAACGAGAUGGGGUUUGAGACAUGGAAACAUGGUGGAACAUGAUAGGGUGGUGUUGGAGAAGAAGAAGGCGGCGGCGGGGUGUCGUGGAGGACGUAGAGACAGAGAAGGCGAUGGUGAUGAGCUUGAUAGAAAUAAGGGAGAUCCAAACAUUAUUAGGCUUCUUCACCUUGAGGAUAACAUGAAGCUAAGGAGGGUUAUUAUGGAUGCGUUGUCGCAUUGGUGCAUUUUUCACCGGAAGAAGGCCAAACAGGUUGUUGAGACAUGGGAGAAGCUGUUUAAUAGCUCCCCAAAAGAACAAAAAGUCUCUUUUCUAUAUCUUGCAAAUGAUAUUCUACAGAACAGCAGGCGCAAGGGGAGUGAGUUCGUAAAUGAGUUUUGGAAGGUCCUUCCUGGAUGUUUGAAAAAUGCAUAUGAGAAUGGGGAAGAAAAUGGAAAGAAAGUGGUCAUGAGAUUGGUAGAAAUAUGGGAUGAAAGGAAAGUCUUUGGUUCUCGUGGACGAAGCCUUAGAGAUGAUCUUCUUGGUAACACUCCUCCUUUGUUGGAUAACAAUGGAAAGAGUUCAAACCCCAUAAAAGUAGUAAAGAAAGAUGCGAGUGCAGUAAGAUUUAAACUGGCUGUUGGAGGAAUGCCUGAGAAAAUAGUAACUGCAUAUCAAGCUGUACUCGAUGAACAUUUCAAUGAAGACACUGCCUUAAAUAAAUGUAAGUCUGCUGCUCGACUUGUUGAGAAGAUGGAGAAGGAUGUUGAUGAUGCCUGCACUCAAGGUAAUCAGCAAGGAUUACCAUUGUUAAAUGACCUUCAGGAGCAGGAAACUAUUCUAAAGCAAUGCAUUGAGCAACUUGAAAGUGUCGAAUUGGCUAGAUCAUCCUUGGUUGCUCAGCUAAAGGAAGCACUUAAAGAACAGGAAUCUAAGCUGGAGCUUAUCCACACUCAAAUACGAGUUGCACAAUCUGAGAUUGAACAUGCCAGCAACAUGGGGCAGAGACUUGGUUCAGCCCCCAGCAGCACCGGUCUGAGCCCUAGCCCCACCCCUCGCAACAUGACCCAGCCUAUCAUGACUCUUCCACCAGAAACAACCCCUGUAAUAGAACCCAGUCCAUCCCCCACAAAACCCAUCGCCCCACAAGUUCAACCACCCCAACCUGUGACAACUUUUGCAAAUACCUUAAGCAGUGCAGAAGAGGAACACAAGAAAGCCGCAGCUGCUGUUGCAGCGAAGCUCACCGCUUCAUCUUCCUCAGCACAAGUGCUGACCUCUAUUCUGUCAUCUUUGGCUGCCGAAGAAGCCGCUUCCAAGAAUAGCGGUCUGAGUACUGGUGCCUUCUCCAGCAGCGCACCCAUUUUCCCAGUGGAUAAAAGGCCUAGACUCGAGAAACCCAUGAGUGUCUCUGAUAUGAGUAGUACCUCUUAUUUUGGACAGGCCCAGCAGCAGUUGCAGCAGCAAAUGGCAUCUGUUCCUCUUUCACUGCCCCAAGGCUCAGCCACAACUAUGCAACAAUUAUCCCAGGCUAACCAGGCAGCUCAACCCUUUCCACCACCUCCCCCACCUCUGCCACCACUUCCACCACCACCAGUACAGCAGCAGUAUGUACAGACUAGUGGAAUGAUGGUCGGGGUGGUGCCUUUUGGGUAUGUGGGUAAUUCUCUCCCCCCGCCGCCUCCUCUGCCGACCCACGUAUCCGUGGGCUUGACAAGACCUGGUGCUCCACCACCUCCGCCACCACCGCCGCUGCCACCGCUGCUGCAGCAGCAGCAACCACAGCAGCUGCAAUCAGGUACAACAGGGUUUUAUCAGUCCCCAGGAGUUGGUUUUUAUGGGCAAGUGCAGACAACUUCGCCAGUCCAACGACAAUGAAAGUAUCCACAAUUGCUAUGGGUCGUUUGCACGACCCAUUCUGUCUUGAUAUGUAUAUUAAUAGCCCCUUUUUCUGGGAAUAUAUCAUAUUUUCAUGAAAUAGGUAGAUAUGGUCAAGGCAAAGCAGGGAUCAGCACUGAAAUGGAAAUGUCUGUUGACGGAAGCAUGAAUUUCUUAUCUGUAACUGUUGGUCAUAGAUAAAAUAUGAGAUCUCCUGAGAAUAUCUGUGGGGGCAUGCAUGCCUUCAUCCUCUGUAAGCUCAACAUAUCCAACGUAGAUGGUUUUUGUUCUCACCGGAGGAUGACCCAAUAA